AUGGAAACCAUGCGAGACGACUCAUCAACUCGUCUUCAGACCGCCAAGAAGGAACGGUUUUCUACAGUAGCAGAGAAGCAACGAGAACUCAGAGAAGAGCUCCGUUGGCACAACUGGGAGAAUGUCUUUUACGGAACAUGCCAUGACCUUUUUGAAGAUGUGAUGCUAGCUACUAUCGACGUGGCGGAUGAUCUUCUAUCCCAGUCCCAGAUUGCCAUGCUACGAAGGCUUUUCUAUCCCGAAGAGCAGCCCGUCGACAGGACAUUCCUCUACGAUGCGGCGCAGAGAUUCAACGCAACAUUACAGACUUUACACACGAAAGAGGGGCUCGCCAAACAGAAAUGGAAGCAGCGGUGGCAACUCGAGCCUGACCGGAUAAAGCCCUGGGUUUAA